UUCAUUGGCGGUCAGAAUCACGUUUCAUUGGUCGCACUGCUAUACUCUAUCUUUAUGAACAUGAAUGUGUUUACAGUACAAAUAAGAAUAUAUUAAUGUUUUAAUUCAAUUUCUCUGUAACGUUACGUAUAAAAUUUAGAAGACGAGCUUGAUUGUGGAGUUUAUCAUUAGUCGUCGUUUAUCUAGGUCCAGCAAUGCCUGCUUUUCACCAGGUCGGGGAGAAACAGCUCCCCAACCCCAUUCUGUACAUGGCCUGGUCUCCUAACAGAGAUCUGAUCGCCCUGGCUAACACUUCAGGAGAGCUUCUCCUGCAUCGGCUUGCCAACUUUCAGCGAGUGUGGAGUUUACUGCCCAACGAGAACACCGGAAAAGAGAUCACAUCACUGGCCUGGCGACCUGAUGGGAAAGUCCUGGCAUUCAGUGUGGGAGACACAAAGCAGGUGGUGCUGUGUGAUGCAGAGAAGGCAGAAAUCCUCCACCUGUUCCCUGUUGAAUACCCAGCAUCCUGCAUGCACUGGAUGGAGGUGCAAGAUGACAGCAGCACAUUGUCCUCAUUCAGCGAGUCCGAAGAUGAGUCCAGCCGUUUUCUUCCAAAGUUACCCUCUUUACCUAAGAGCUACAGCACCACAUCAAAGAUAUUUAGUGAAGAGAAAUCAGAUGAAGUCACAAACCUUUUGGGGGAAGUGAGGCUCAAUAUCCUGGUGGUGGGAGGACCGUCUGGAUUUGUGGAGCUGUAUGCAUAUGGCCUGUAUAAGAUUGCUACACUGAGUGGAAUCUCAGGGACGUGCCGCAGUCUUGGACUGUCUAGUGACCUCAAGUCCCUCUCUGUUAUUACAGAGAUUAGAUCCACAGAAGACAACCCUGAGAUACAUUACAUACAGCUGGACACUGGACUGCUGUCUUCAUGUUUGCCUGAGUUGACCAAGAUGGCACGCAAGUUUACACACAUUUCCACACUGCUGCAGUAUCUGCGUCUCUCUCUCACCUGUAUGUGUGAAGCUUGGGAGGACAUUCUUAUGCAGAUGGACCUCCGUCUCACUAAGUUUGUUCAGGAAAAGAACACAAGCACUCAGGUUCAAGAUGAGUUUCUGGAACUACUGUUAUGGGGCCAUGCCAGCCCUGAACUUCAAGCUCUUCUUAUGAAUCAACUCACAGUCAAGGGCUUGAAGAUGUUGGGUCAGUCCAUUGAUUCUUCUUAUUCCAGCAUCCAGAAACUUGUUAUCAGUCACUUGCAGAGUGGCUCUGAAGCGCUGCUGUAUCAUCUGAGCGAGGUCAAAGGAAUGGCACUCUGGAAAGAGAAGUUUCAACCUCUCGGCCUGGAUCCUGCAGCCAUCGAGGAUGCCAUCGUAGCUGUGGGCUCUUUUACCCUGAAGGCCAGUGAACUUUUACAAGUUAUUGAUAAGAGUAUGAAGAACUUCAAAGCCUUUUUCAGAUGGCUGUAUGUUGCAAUGCUUCGAAUGUCAGAAGAUCACGUUCCUCCUGAGCUUAACAAGAUGACUCAGAAGGAUCUGGCUUUUGUGGCUGACUUCCUGUCCGAACAUUUCAGUGCUAACGAGGAGCUGUUUGAUCGGAAAGGGAAGUAUUUCAAUGUUGAGCGCGUUGGACAGUACUUGAAGGAUGAAGAUGAAGACUUGGUAUCUCCACCCAGCAUGGAGGGCAACCAGUGGGUGACAUUUGUAAAGCAGAGCACUUACCUGAAAGACAGUCCAUUGCUCUUCCCCACUUACCCAAAGAAGUCUCUUCACUUUGUCAAGAGAAUGAUGGAGGGGUCCAUUGAUCUGUGCUUACAGAAACCGGCCGAGGUGAUUGGACAUUCAGUAAAACAAGCUGUGUGUUUGCCAUUGUACACUGUUCCUGAGAGCUCUGAAAAUAGACCAAGAUUGUUUGAGCUGCCUUCACUGUGGAAUGAUAAGAAGGCCUGUAUGCAUUAUGUAGUGUUCUGCAUGCCUGAGAUCUCGCCCUCUAAAAUCUGUAUUCUGAGGAGAGCAACAGACCCCAACAGGUCUGUCCCUAAUGGUCUGGUGGCCCUUAACCUCAACACUCCUCUCAAUUCUAGUAUAGAUGAUGAAACACCUGCACCAGCAGCUUCUGCUGACAGUUCGUACAGUUGCCUUGAUGCCCGUUUUUAUGACGACGAGACAUUGACAGUGGUAUUGCGAAGUCUGGAGGAUGAUGAGAAUAAAAUGCGCGUCCUCGCUCAGCUUCAUCUACACUCUGCUUUGAGCUGGGAAGAAGAGUUCACCUGGGACCUUACGCUCAGGCUGGAGCAGCAGACUGAAGGGAUCCCAGUCCAGGGGUUGACCUGGGGAAACCAGAGCAGAGAGAUGGACAACAUCAAGGCUCAGUUUGUGGCAGUUAAUGGGAUCCGCAAAGUGGCCUGCGUGCUCAGUGCCAAUCUGAGACACGUACGCGUGUUCGAGAUGGAUGCAGAGGAGGAAGAGGAGGAGGAAGAGCGUGUUGACGAGUCACAGGAAAUGAGCUCGGACCAGGACAGACUUGAGGACACAAUGACUAAUCAGAGUGAUGCUGGGGAAGGUGGAGACGGAGUAAGAGGUGCUGAGGAGGCUCAGGUGGCAGGUCAAGGGUCAAGAGACAUUUUGGAUGAGACUGCCGGAUCAGACACGCUUUGAACUCUGACCUGAGAUCCAACAUGUUCUCCACAACUGAACUAUGGACUCCUCUGUAAUUCCUGGUCUUGUUUUUUUGUAUUAAAAAUAUUUUGUGAUAAAGAUGAUCUAAUGAACAUUUCACAUUCUGAUUUGUAAAUAAAUGGAUUUACUGUGUACUAGUCUUGGG